CAGCGGAAAUAACUGUUGCGAUGAAACUGCUGAAUGAGGGUGCGCUUACCUCACCAGAGUCGCAACAACAGCAGCAACUUCCGUCGAUUGGUGUGAUGCAGCAGAUGUUUAAAAGUAUAUCAUCCUUAUCAGAGAUGCACCAUCCGCAGCAGCUUCCACAGCAGCAAAACUCGCAGCAACAAGCAGCAGUCGCAGCAGAAGUCGCAUCCGCUGCCAAAGCCGCAGCAAACGCCACAACCGCAGCCAAAGCCAAAGCCAAAGCCGCAGCCAUAGCCAAAUCCAAAGCCAAAGCCAAAGCCAGAACCACAGCAGAAGCCAAAGCCGCAACCGCAGCCAGAACCUCAGCAGAAGCGAAAGCAGCAGUCGCAGCCAAAGCCGCAGCAGAAGCCAAAGCAGCAGAAGCCGCAACCACAGCCAAUGCCGCAGCAGAAGCCAAAGCAGCAGAAGCCGCAACCACAGCCAAUGCCGCAGCAGAAGCCAAAGCAGCAGUCGCAGCCAAAGCCACAGCAGAAGCCAAAGCAUCAGAAGCCAAAGCAGUAGAAGCCGCAUCCGCAGCCAAAGUCGCAGCCACAGCACCAGCUAGGAAGGCUGCGAAAACCGAACGUUCGUCCUCAUCAAGCGGUCGCAAUCGCUCGUCUUCGAAAAGCGAUCGCAAUCACUCGUCAUCAAAAAGCGAUCGCCAUCACUCGUCAUCAAAAAAAAGCGAUCGCCAUCGGUCAUCUUCGAGAAACGAGCGCCAUCGCUCAUCUUCGAGAAACGACCGCACUUCUGUACCGAGCGAUCACCACACAAGUACGGCAAGCACGAGGGCUGAUUGCCAAGCGUUGAAUACAUCUGUUUGCGCUGUUGAGCAUUUACAGCCUCCUCUACGAUCCGUAAUAGCAUCGAAGGGGAUUAGGCUAUCACAAUCUUCAAGGGCGAGAUCAAGCUCGCGUUCAAGCUCAAGCUCGAGUACAGGCUCAAGCUCGAGUUCAGGCUCAAGCUCGAGUUCAGGCUCAAGCUCGAGUUCAGGCUCAAGCUCGAGUUCUCGCUCGAGCACUAGCUCGGGAUCCAGGUCGGGAUGUGGCUCUGACAAAAGUUCAAGAAAGAGGAAAUCUGAUGAUGAAGCAAUCAAUGGUAUAGGUGGUAAAAGGAUGACAUUCACAUCAUCUCAAGAGAGCGAAAAAUCAGCAGCAAAGAAGGAACGGAGAAAACUUUCCUUGUCUUUAAAAAAGACUGAUUUACCACCACCAUCUCCGCGACAGCAGCCAUCAACACAGCCUCUCUAUCAUGCAGAUCAGCUGAUGCCACUUCAGCAUCAAGCAGAUCAACCGAUGCCACUUCAGCAUCAACAAGAACAGCAAAUGGCACUACAGCAACGAGCACGACCGCGUAUAUUGCAAGACGAAAUGCUCAACGAUCCGCUUAUCGUGUUCGAUAAGAAAGCAAAUAUGCGAAAAAUCUGAAUGAUAUUUUUCAAUAAAUUUUUUGUAAUAAAUUUUUGAUAUGAUAAAUGUAAAAAAAUAAAAAUAAAUAAACAUAAUUUUCCACUAAUAUUUUGUGUUUCCUGCUUGACUAAACAUUAUUCCUUUUAGAAAUUUAUAUUAUAACGCAUGUUUACUGUCGUUGAUCGCGCGUUACAACCAGGGCCAGAAGGGUCCUGUUUAUUAUAAUUAGAAACGUCGGACAUGCAGAAGGCAUGGCUCAGCCGACUCACGCGGGCACGGAUUUACCUAUGCCAUCUGACACAUUGUCACGUCUUGACAGCGGCGUGCGAGUAGGUGGCAACAAC